AUGCGAACAGAUGCCCUCGUCGCAUGGGUCGCACAGUCCGACGCCCGCGUGUAUGCGACGGAUCGCUUCAUCUUCAACAAGACGACCGAAGGAAUCGCACUCGACGUCAAGCAGGACUGGCACGUGCUGGGCGGCAGCCAGACCACGAACCAAUCCACGGGCGACACGUGGACCACCGUCCACGUGUGGCGCAAGCUGGACACAGGCGACUGCAACGACCGGCCCAUAGUUCCCGGGACGCUUCACAACGUCAUCUGGGCGAUGGGCGCCACGACUGACCAGGCAGAGAAGCAGCCGGCGCAGCAGGCGCAGCAGCAGGAGAGCAUGCUGAAUUUCACGUUCACUAAUUAUCGGCUGCCAACCGACUUCACGACGUAUCGCUGCAAGGUGGUGGACAUUGCUCUCAAGGCCAAGACUCAUGCGGUUGAGUGGGGUGUCAUACACAACUCCACCGACAAUAAAGCCAUCCAUCAUGCAAUCAUCUACGGCUGCAAACCGUAA